AUGAAAAACGAAGAAAAUCGAAAUUCGGAGAUACAUGUGAUAACAGUUUGUCUCACUAUUUACUGUGCAUUAUCAAAAGAGAAUGAAAACAGAAAUGUUGAUUCAGACUCUAAUUUGAGGCAAGCACUGCUCAAAGCUUUAACAGAAUUGGAGAACGAAGAGAAAGAUCGAAACGAAAAUAGUGUACAAAACGAUUCGAAUGAAAAUGUGGUAGAAAAGGCUUCAGCUUUAUCACUUUCAAUAAUUUCCAAUGGAGAAACAUCAGCAGCAUCUCAAACGUCUCCAUCUUCUACAACAGAAAACGUUAUAACGAGCUCUACAUCAGAAUCAUAUAAAGUACUUCUUCAAAAAAGCCAAGCACUCCGACAAGAAACCAUAACGACUAUAGAAAAGAAAGAAGAAGACGACGAAAGUAUUUUAACGAGUGCUUCUAGUAAUUUUGGAGAUCAACAAUUUGGUAAAGUAAAUCAAGCUAAAAAGAGCGAAAGAUUUACUAAUCAAAAUUCAAUAACAUUCAACGAAAAACCAUCAACUAAAAUCAACAAAGUGGAAACAACUUCAUUAGCUCCAAUAGUUUCUACUGAAGAAAACGAAGCUAAGGUAGAAAAUGUACAAUUCUUCUCGGCUCCUUUAGUAGCGGCAUUCACCGUUCACCAGGACGAAUUAGGUUUACCGAAAAAAGUUGAAUCUAUAUAUCGAUCCUCUGAACAAGCGAAACUAGCUCAACUACAUAAAUUAGAGGAAUUGGGAAGACAACAAGAAAAAUUUCAACUACAGCAAAAGCAGAAAGCUUUAGAAGACGAAAUAUACAGAUUGAAUUUGAAUUUAAAACAACAACAACAGUUUUUCUUAAGACAACAAGAAGAACUUCGUACUAGAAGUAAUAUCCAACCGUUUAUUCCGAUUUCUACGCCUUUAUUGACCACCCCGACACCUCUGUUGAAUCUAGUUCAACAACCUCCUCUUCUAUCUUCACCUAAUCAAGUGUUUAAAUCUCAAAGUGUAGCAUUACAACCUAGUUUAUCAUUGGACCCUAUCGUUCAAGUAGGAAAACUACCACUGAACGGUCAAUUUCUUCCGGUUAAGGCGCCACAAGAUUUCAGGACACCUUUCCCUACCUUAAAUAAUUUCUCUCCUCAAACGUCGAGCUUCAAUCAACAAUUUCCCAACUUUAAUCAGAAUAAUCAAAACGGUAACAGGUUCUUUAGACAAAAUACUGGUUUCGGUAACUUUGGCGUCAACGAUUUUAGCAAAAAUACAAAUUCGUUUUCAUUUACACCUUCCCAACAGAUAAAUUUCGAUAAUUCAGUUGAUGGUAACAGAUUCUUUAGGCCCAAUCAAGAAUCUGCUUUAACCAGACCACAAUUCUUACAACCACCUCAACCGACUCAGUUGCAAAAUAAUCGAUUCCUAAGAUCAAACGAUCAAUUGAAAAAUUUACUUUACAACUCUGGUGCUUUGAGAGGAAAAUCCCAUGAAGAUCUUAGUUUGAUAAGCAAAGUAUUGUCAUUGAAUCAUUUCAAUGGACGUAAUCCAGGAAUUUCUCUAAGACCCGAGCUUCAACCGCCAUAUGUGGGACGUUUUUGA